GGAAGGAGCUGGCUAGGUGGCUGGCUCGGGCGUCGGAGCGGGAGCUGAGCGAAGCUGGGCCCCGGAGUGGGGCCGUCGCCGCUGCUGACACCGUCGCCACCGCCGCCGCCGCCAUGCGCUGGGUUCGGGCGCUGCUAAAAAACGCGUCCCUGGCCGGGGCGCCCAAAUACAUCGAGCACUUCAGCAAGUUUUCCCCGUCCCCGCUGUCCAUGAAGCAGUUUCUGGACUUUGGUUCCAGCAAUGCCUGUGAAAAAACUUCCUUCACCUUCCUGAGGCAGGAGCUGCCUGUGCGGCUGGCCAAUAUAAUGAAGGAGAUCAAUUUGCUUCCAGACCGGGUACUAGGAACUCCCUCAGUACAAUUGGUACAGAGUUGGUAUGUCCAAAGUCUUCUGGACAUCAUGGAGUUCCUGGACAAAGAUCCUGAAGACCAUCGGACUCUGGGACAGUUCACAGAUGCCUUGGUCACAAUCCGCAACCGGCACAAUGAUGUGGUCCCCACUAUGGCCCAGGGUGUGCUGGAGUACAAAGAGGCCUAUGGGGAUGACCCCGUCUCCAACCAGAACAUCCAGUAUUUCCUGGACCGGUUCUAUCUUAGCCGGAUCUCCAUUCGAAUGCUCAUCAACCAGCAUACAUUGAUCUUUGAUGGCAGCACAAACCCUGCACACCCCAAACAUAUUGGCAGCAUCGAUCCCAACUGUGAUGUCUCUGAGGUGGUGAAAGAUGCCUAUGAUAUGGCCAAACUCCUGUGUGACAAAUAUUACAUGGCCUCUCCCAGCUUGGAGAUUCAGGAGAUCAAUGCCUCCAACUCCAAACAGCCCAUCCACAUGGUCUACGUCCCUUCCCAUCUCUACCACAUGCUCUUUGAGCUCUUCAAGAAUGCCAUGCGGGCGACUGUGGAGAGCCAUGAGUCCAGCCUCACACUGCCACCCAUCAAGGUGAUGGUGGCCUUGGGUGAAGAAGAUCUGUCUAUCAAAAUGAGUGACCGGGGUGGGGGAGUUCCUUUGCGAAAGAUUGAGAGACUCUUCAGCUACAUGUACUCAACAGCUCCCACCCCUCAGCCAGGCUCCGGAGGGACUCCUUUGGCUGGUUUUGGCUACGGACUCCCCAUAUCUCGCCUCUAUGCCAAGUACUUCCAGGGUGACCUGCAGCUCUUCUCCAUGGAGGGCUUCGGGACUGAUGCUGUCAUCUAUCUAAAGGCCCUGUCAACAGAUUCUGUGGAACGCUUGCCUGUCUACAACAAGUCAGCCUGGCGUCACUACCAGACCAUCCAGGAGGCUGGCGACUGGUGUGUGCCCAGCACGGAGCCCAAGAACACAUCCACCUACCGAGUCAGCUAGACGGGCUGCCAGUGCAGGCCUUAGGAGGGUGCCCGCUGCAGGCAGGUCCCCUCCUGGCUUUGCAGUGAUGGCCGUGAGGACAGAUGGAUCUCUUUAGGGACAGGUCACCCUGGUGAUCUUCCCCCUAUGUCUACCACCCUAAGGAGUUGGGGGGAUGGCACCAUGAUGACCUGUCUCUGUUUCCAUGGAAACUGAUGAUUCCCUUUACUACACUGACCCCCAGACGCCAAUUUCUAUUUCCAUAGAAUUCCCUGGGGAAAUUCUUCCCCUCUACCCUAACCAAUUCAAGUUUGGGGAGGGGGAAAUGUUAUCCCUGAUAACCUAACUGUUUCUAUGGCAACUGCAGUGAUGCCUUCACUGCAGCAGCCCCCAGGUGCCAAUUUUUGUCCAUAGAUACUCCUGGGAAGACCCCUAGGGUGGUCUGCCUAGUGACUUUUCCCCUCACCCCCACUAUCCCAAGGGAAGAAGGAAGGUUUCCUUGAUGAAAUGUGUUUUUUUCCUUGGCAACUGGGAUGAUUCCUUCACUACAGUGGCCUCUAGGUGCCAAUCUCUGUCACCAUUGAGACCCCUGAAAUGGUGUUCCUAGUGACCUUCCUCUUACCCCUUUGUCACCCCAAGUAAAAGGCGGGGAUUCUCCUGGAUGACCCAGUCACAGUGAAGACCUCACUGCAGUGGUCCCCAGGUCUAUCUUCAUAAAGUUACUUGGAGGGAGACCUCUGGAAUGGUCUCCCUGGUAAACAAACCUCCUUGGGGUCACUAGCACACCUAGGGGAGCAGUGGUUCCAAUGACAAUUCAUGGGAGGUAACCCCACCUAAGACAAAAUCUGUCACUUCUCUAUCUGGGGAGUGGGGCAGUAUUCUGGGUGCCUUGCCACUUAUCCACUUUCUGUAGUCUUCCAUUCGAACCCUUCAGCCUGCCUUUUCCUUCUCUUUUGAGCCAAUACUCCCCUCCACACACAUUCCCUGGGGAUUGGGCUCCUAUCAGUGUUGGAAAGGACUGGCUGAGGCUGGGGCUGAGAGGACCCCAGCCACCAGAAGUGGAACAGAGAGCUUCUGGUCAGUGUUGCAUCCACUUUGCUAAUGGGCUUAUUGGGCUUCCAACUAACUAGGAAGAAAGUUGCAUGAAUGGGGGAAUCCCUCCUCCCAGAGAAACUGGGGCAAACAUUGGUCUAGUUAGAAGACUCCUUUUGAAGGAAAGUAAGGACAACCCCAAGUUUCAGUCUUCCCAGAGUUCACCAGCUCCUCUGCUUAAACAGUGUUUUCCUCUCCCGACUUGGUCCAGGCUCUCUAUCAUAUAUACCCCAUCCUGCCUGAAGCAGCUGCAGUCUCUUAGACUCCCUUUCUGUGCUUCCUUCCUUCUUCCUUCCCAGAAAUCACCCUGAUGCUUGGUGUAGCUUGCUUUCUCCCCCUUCUCCCCCCAAGCUGUAUGUACAUAUCUGGUUUUGUAUCCCUGGGGAGACUCCCUCUCAGCUGUCCAGUACAUGAGAGGUUAAAUUGUGUGUUCUUCCUGGCUACACCUGGUAAAAAGGAGAUUAAAUGAG